UCUUCAUAAUAUCAGUACAUAUAACUUAUGAACUCUUUAUAAUAAUAGAAUUAUGUAGAAUCAAAGAUGCUAGCUGAGAAAGAGAUGUUGAACUUUGGGAAGGAGGGUUUGGAGGUGGUGACAUUAUGUUGCGGUCUUGUGGGCGGAGAAACUUACUUACCUUAUAUCCCAACAAGUACUGCCAUAUAUUUGUCACUGUUGAGUACUCAAGAGAAAAGUCACUACAAUACACUCAAGUUUAUAGAAGAGCUUACUGGAAAAGUGCCAAUUGUGCAUAUUGAAGAUGUAUGUGAAGCUCACUUGUUCUCAAUGAAAGCUGCAGUCAAUGGCCGUUUCUUGUGCGCUAGCCUCUUUGUUUCUUCUGCAGAGAUUGGCUGUUACUACCAACAGAAUUAUCCAGAGUUUAAUGUCAACCAAGAGUACUUGAAUGACCCCAAGAGAGAAAUCAAAUGGGGAUCGAAAAAGCUUGUUGACAACGGUUUCGUGUACAAGUAUGGGAUGAAGAAGAUAUUAAAUGAUAAUGUUAAUUGUGCCCGAAAGAUUGGCAGCUUUAAGCAACAAUGA